AUGGAGGUGAAAUUCCACAUCAGCCAGGACGGUCGGGUUCCGAAGCGGAAAUAUGCCAAGGCCGCCUGUGACGCAUGCCGUCGGAGAAAGAGAAAGUGCUGCCAUGAAAAGACAAAACGCCCACAGGCCUCUCCAUCGGCCAAUUUGGAAGGCAAUGACGCUGGUCAUGGUAGCUCAGAUGCUAACUACAGCUUACGGCCGUCGAAUCGAGCUCCAGUCUCUCGGGAUCACAGAAGUACCGAGGAAUCGCAGCGUCAAACACAGGCGCCUCGGUUCCCUGUAGAACAAAGGCAAAGAACCCAAUCGGAGUCCUCGUCAAGGCUGCUCCAAGCCGACCGUUUUAUCGGUGACUUAAACCCUGUUGCCUUCUUUGUUGAUGACACAAACACGCGACUUAUGGGCGGGCGCGCUCACCAAAAAGAUGUAGGCGUAUGGCUAGAUAGGGAUAAUGACCUGGUCUCAGGCGAAGAGUCUCACGAAAAUCCAUCGUUGGGCCAGCGAGGUAAUCCACGACGGACUGUUUUACUACCUCCGCGUCAGAGCCAGGAGGCAUUGGUCGAUAUCUAUCUCCGCCGCAUUCACCCCAUACUCCCAUUAAUCGACGAACAUGAUUUUCAGCGGCAAUUCAAAGAAGGUUGCGCUUCCCCUUAUCUCACCCAGGUCAUUUGUCUGGCUGCUUCCAAAGACCACGAAGCGGAGCCUUACCUCCGUCUUGCAAACACCGACAUACUGCCCCGUGGCGAAUUUGGCAACUUAGUUUACGACGAGCUAAGCCAGGCAAUUGCCUUGAGGCUGGAGAGAAAAAGGACCACACUAAUCCAGAUCCUUGCAUUACUUUCUCUUCAUGUUUCGGGAUCCAGGAGCUUCGAGGAUUCCUCGUUGUACCUAGCCCAAGCCAUUCACCACGCACAGUCCAUGGGAUUUCACAUCACCAGAGGGCCAGCGCAGGAUAAAAAACCCACGAUCGCGCUAUUUUGGUCUUUAUGGGCUCUUGAUCGAUAUAACGCCGCCAUACAAGGCAGGCCGUUAGUCAUUCAUGACAGGGACUUAGGCCAACAGCUGGUAGACGUGAUCGCGCUUUUUGAGACGCCUUUCCGCGUCUUCCUAUCUCUGGCAUCGGUCCUCGCCGAUGUUUUCGUUGUCUUCCGGCCGGCUCUGGAGGGUCCGGUCGAUUUCGAUAAGCCAGAAAUCCCUCGAUUCGAGGAUAUAAUCGAUAAGUCGGACGCCUGGGAGAUCCCGCAGGAUACAAUAUUGUCUCUAGAGUUUGUAUAUCUCGCAAUUGCAAUUCUAUCCUCGCGGCCAUGGGUUCUCAAGGAUCAACCCAAAUCGAAUAGUUUGUAUGCUAGGCAGGACUUGGCUGUCCAUCGGAUGGUUUCCUUGAUUCAUAUUUGCGACACUCCACAGCUUCUACCACUCCCAAUCCUCUCUUACGCCAUAUCUUUAGGCUUCUGCGUGGCGUACAAACAAACCAAGCGAUGCCAGCUUCUCAGCACCCGGAUUACCGCGAAGCAACACCUGCAGACUUUGUACAAGAGCCUUGAAGCAUUAUCAUCGACAUGGUGGUCAGCUCAGGCCAUGACCCAACUCGGCCGGCGCGCAUUGAGUGAGGUUCAACGCACCACUGAAAAGACAAAUGAACUGCCAAGAUGGAGACAACUGUCUGAUCCAGUACCGUUAGCAGAGUAUAUCAACACCCCCAUGCCUCCUGUCUCAACAGCAUCAGACCCUGUAAAUGGGGUGGUUGCAAGACCUGAGCAAGCAGUUGAUCUUGCAGAUGUGGAAAAUGAUGCAUUCAGCUACUUUCCAGAAAACCCUUCUCUUGACAUCGACCAUCUCCUCGGAAAUCUCCUCAAUAUCACGGUCCCGACAUGUCCGACCAACCCUUCAUUCACCGAUUUUGAUCUGGGUUGGGUUGACCAGUUUGGAUAUCCCAACUUCUACUGA